AUGUCACGUACAGCAGAAAUAACAUCCAACCAACGCAACUUCUUCCACUACGCACUACAAAACAACCUCCGUCUAAACCCACCCACCAACCGACCAUUUCUCGCCCAUCGGCCCAUCUCCAUUUACCUAUCACCCACGGAGUACGGGUACGUCGAAUUGAGCUGGGGCCAAACGAAAUUGAGCGUGCGCGUUACGGCCCAAAUAGUCAAGCCGUACCCUGACCGGCCAUUUGAAGGAAUCUUCACCAUCAAUAGUGAGAUCUCGCCGCAAGCGAGUUUGAAAUUCGACACUACGCGAGCUCAACAACAGGAUGAAGUGUUGGUGGCGCGGAUCUUGGAGAAAUCAAUUCGCCGGUCUAAUGCUGUUGAUUUGGAGAGUUUGUGUAUUGUGGCUGGUGAUAAAGUUUGGGAAAUUGUUGUUGAUUUGAAUUUUUGGAACUAUGAUGGUAACUUGAUUGAUGUUGGUUGUUUUGGGGCUAUGUUGGCGCUUUUGCAUUUCCGGAAACCGGAUAUUAGUAUCAAUGGGGACACUGUGGUUGUGCAUGAUGUGAAUGAACGACAACCCGUUAGUCUAAGCAUUUUGCACAUUCCCAUUUGUCUCACGUUUUCAUUUUACAAUUUGUCUUCGCAGGAGAUGAAUAUCAAGGGAGAAGGAGGAGGAGGAAAUAAUGGUGCAGAUGAGACAGGUGUGUAUCAUGAAGAUAUAAACAAUGAAGAUGAAAUCUGUUUAUUUGAUGCUGAUGCUAUGGAGGAGAGUUUGAGACAAGGAAGUUUAACCGUUACCUUGAACAAGAAUCGGGAAAUUAUUCAAUUGAGCAAGAACGGAGGUGUGCCAAUUGAUGCGCAACAAUUGUUGGACCUAUGCUUUGAGUCGAUGAAGAUUGUUGAUGAAUUGACGGACUUGAUAAAGACUGAGAUUAAACAACACGAAGAAUUGAGAUACAAACAGGAGAAUUUCAAAAUGUUGGAAUCGAGUGCCAAUAGGUAA